CGCGCUUCAGGGGCUCAGUCGCAGCCGGGCCUAGAAGCGGUGUUUUAUCAGAAAGAAAAAGUAACGUUUGAGGAGACCUCCGUUUCUCCCGUCUCAGAGAAGGUGAGCAUUGGGAAGUAGCAUUGCUGUGAAGAAUGGGCACUAAGGUACAAGAGCCAAAUCUGGAUACCUCCCACACGGAUCCAGGGAAGGAGAGAGAUCCAGUGAGCAGCACUGGAACUGAGCAUCAGGAUUUGGAUAGAGAGGAACCCAAGGCGGCAGAUGACUGUGCCGAAGGAGGAGGAGGAGCAGAACAUUCAGAGAUGCCGCCGCCUGCUGAUCAGUGUCAGGCAGCAGCCAGCUUGCAAGUGAAACGGGAAGAAGAGCCAAAGACUGAGGCAUCCCUGGCAUCAACUUCUACAGAGGGGGUUGUGCCACCUCCCGUGCCAUCCUUAGGAGAAGGGAAGGGGUCAAAGAGAAUGAUGGAGGACGAUACCGACACCGAAGUCUUUAGAGAGAUGCCCGAUGUCUGCCAAGAUGCUCGGGAGUCAGGGAGGGCCAUGAUGUUGCCUGACCUCUUCGGGGAAGCUCAGCAUGCUCACAGCAGCCUGGAAGCUGGCAGGGCCGGGGGCUGUGGCAAAGUGGAGCAGGCCGUCCCAUGCCUGUCCAACAUGGGCUCAGAGAACCAGCGGAAGCGCUUCCGGGGCUUUGCGUACAAAGAGACUGAAGGCCCUCAGGUGGCUUAUGAACGGCUGCAGGAGCUUCUGUUCCAGUGGCUAAAACCGGAGGCCCGCAGCAAGGAGGAGAUUGUGGAACAGCUGGUUCUGGAGCAGUUCCUGAACCUCCUCCCAGAGGACGUUCAGCGUUGGGUUCGGGAGCGUCACCCGGAAAAUGGGGAUGAGGCUGUAGCCUUGGCUGAAGACUACCAGUUUCUGCACCCAGAGCCCGGGAGACGACCCUACCCGGAAAGGGCAAGGCAGCGGGCUUCGGCGAGAAGUUGGCUCCGUUGAAGUCUCUUGAGACUUUAAGCAGACAAGCAGGACUGGUUAUCAACUGAGAGAAUCAAAGACCUAGUUUAUCUACUGUGCCAGAGAGAAAUCUAGAUGGGCCACAAGAAUCGGGAAGCCAGAAACUGCAACACACAUUACUAAGCAUGAGAAGGACUUUACUGCCAGAAAGUCCCAGGCCUGGAGGAAACCUUCACCUCAUCUGAUAUCAGCCUCUUAAGGCAUGGCGGGUGGGGGAGCAGGGGUGGGGGAGAUCAACAAAGCUACGCUUGAUAUUUGCUCCAACCUAUGCAAGGCCGGCUUGCCAGUGACCUGGUGAUAGGUUGGAACAAGGGCCAAGCAUGCACAGCUGGGAGCUGGACAGAGGAAAUGUCGGCAAAUGGGGGUGAAUGGAAGGUACAGCAUAUCUGCGUUUGGCAGAGAUGCAAAAGGGAAGCUCUUUGGUGUGAUCUUACGAAGAAAUGAGCGCUGUCCAAGAUAAGGUUGAUUUCUCAUGCCUCUGAACCAGCUUUCCUUCAUGCCCUUUGACUAGUUUAUAUUCUUCAUCUUUCCUGCCUUCAAAUAGGCAAGCAGCAUCCCCUUGUCCAACCCAUGUAUGAUAGGUAGGAAUGUUUGCCCCACCCCACCGUUUUCCUUGUUUUCAGGGGAUACAAAGAGUGUGACUUGCCUUGUCCUUUUGGGGAUGGGAGAAUUGAUGCAUGUUAUCAGAGAAGCCACAAAUGUGCCCCAUUAGCAAACUCUCUAGGAGGAGAGGUAGUUGUGUGGUGUGGAGAAUGCUGGGGUCUUCCUGUGAUUUUGUUUUAUGAAUCUCUUGGGCUAGCUUUGUACACGGUAGUGGAACAGUGGCUGCUGAAAUGCAUUUCACACGUGCAUUUCUUGUUCAGCUGCCAUAGGAUACAGACCUGGUUUCCAUACACCAUUCUGCCUGAUCUUACGGGAAGUCCCAUAUGUCACCACUGCAUGUUCCUUGGAAUGGUUGGCAUGGAGGCUUGCUGUAUGCUUGAGCAAACCGACCUGGGAAACCAUUAUGACAAGUUUCACCGGCCAAAUCACCGCCAUUGUGUACAAAGCUAUCCUGAGAGUCACCCCUUGUUAUCCAGAAGGUCUCUGCUCAUCCUAAGUUUUGAAGGCCCAACUGGGACUUCCAUCACAAGCCACAGGAUUUUUUUUCUCAUUGAUAAUUGCCAUUUAUUAUGCAAGUUGUUGUGGAGGAGUAACGGAGCCGCACGUUCUAAUUUGUGACCCAAAUCUCAUGAUUGCUGAACCAGUUGUUGGCUGAAUGUCAAGAUGCCUUUUAGGUGCUUGAGCUGUGCACCCCCCCCCUUCCUGAGCCAAGGCCCAGGGGGGUGGGGAAGCUGCCCCUUUCUUCCCAGGUUAUCUUACAGUUUUCAAUAGAAGCAGUAUUUUCUCAUUUGUGGGUACUAAGUUUUUGAAUCUCUUUAAAUGUCCUGAUCGUGAUGUAGUUUUAAGCUUGUAUAAGACAGCUGGAUUUGUAGCUCUGCUUUCUUUGUGUAAAUUUUCAGUGUUGUUUGUGUAUCUGUUCAUUAUAGGCAAUUAAAGGGUUUUCCUCCUA